ACAAGUAGAAGCUAUGAAUAAGCUAGAAAAAUAUGAAGAAAUAAUACAUUAAUUAGAAUUAUGAUCACUUUACACUUUCCUCAUAUCGUGUUUGCAUUUCUUCAAGCACACAUAUACCCGAGGCAAUCAAAGAAUCUAGUCUUCCAGACAUAUGAGUUAUCCUAAUAAGUGAAACCAGCUCAAUAUGAGUGAUUAACUCAAGCUCUACUUAAAAUCUUUCCGGUAAUAUAUCCAUUAUCACGAUAUCUCAACAUAUCGACGUUUUGAUACCACCCGUAGUUGAGGAGGAAGAUCAUGAAAAUACCAGCUUAUCAUCAUUCAAUGCUAUACGUUUUAAGCCUUCUUCUGUGUCUUGCAUCUUUCUUCAUCAUAAAUUCUGAUGCUAGAAAAUUAAGUGGUGGAGCGGUUAGCACACUGCAACAUAUUAUUGAAUCAUCUGAAAUCAAUGACCUGAAACACUUCGACGUAUAUUUACCUUCAGAAGAUUCAUCCGAUUCAGUACCCUAUGGUCUCAGUUCUCCCUUCAAUUUGCCACCUUAUGAUUCACUUCCUCCAGUUCCAAAUACCCCUCCUAGUCCUUUUUGUGUUAAUCCACCUCCAGGCCCAAUUGAAAACCCACCUCAAAGCCCAAUUGAAAACCCACCUCAAAGCCCAUCAUCCACUAUCAUCCCCACCCCACCCCAAUAUUAUCUUCCUCCCAUAAUCAUUCCCAAUAACCCACCUCAAAAUAUUGAACCUAGUCCACCCACAACUAUCCCUAGCCCAACAGAGCCCAUUUUUAGCCCGCCAUAUUCUUACGAGCCGAGCCCACCAAGUUAUGUCCCAAUUAGCCCACCAAUAAGCAACACCGGCCCAAGCCCACCAUCUGGGCUUUUUCUACCGCCGGUGGUGUAUCCACCACCGACAAUGCCUCCACCGCCACACCUAGCGCCUGCCACGGCGCUAUGGUGUGUGGCAAAGCCGUCCGUGCCGGACCCGAUUAUUCAAGAAGCUAUGGACUAUGCAUGUGCAUCUGGAGCAGAUUGUGAUCAGAUUGAGCCCAAUGGAUCAUGCUAUCAGCCUGAUACUUUAUUUGCACACGCCUCUUAUGCCUUCAAUAGCUAUUGGCAGAGAACUAAAGUGGCAGGUGGCACUUGUGACUUUGGAGGGACAGCUAUACUUGUCACUGUCGACCCUAGUUUUGAUGGAUGCCAAUUCAUCUAUUACUGAAGGUUUUUGAUUCUCUUUUCUUGCAUACUGGCUUGGAAAUGUUCAAGACAAAGAAGACUACUCCCAUCCGAAGUUUUGUAAUUUUGGACACGGUUAACAGGUGGAUGCAUGUACUGUCUGGACUAUAUAUCCCUUCCAUCUACGACCAGAAACGACAUGUCCUUUCCUUGACGAAUAGUACUCUUUUUUCUUAUAAUUUGAAACUGAAUAUUUAAAUGUAAAAGGAAAAUACCAUUUGGAUUUAACAUUAUCCUGAAUUUUAGUGUUACUAAUAAUAAAUUAAAUAUAUAGAAUAUCCUUUUU